UAUAGGAAAACAGAAACUCAAGUUAAUUAUUGAAAAUCUACAGUUGCGUGAAUUAUGGAGAAGACGUCGAAGAAGCUAUUUAUUUUCAAUCUCUGCAUCAUUUUUGGUAUUUUAGUAAUAAGAAGAUGCAACGCAACGACUUACUUUGUGGGAGACACGUCCGGAUGGGAUAUAAGCUCCGAUCUUGAAUCUUGGCCUUUAGGCAAGCGAUUCUCUGUUGGUGAUGUCCUAAUGUUCCAAUACUCAUCUACGCAUAGUGUCUACGAAGUGGCGAAAGACAACUUCCAAAGCUGCAACACUACGGUUCCUAUCCGUACGUUCACAAAUGGGAACACGACCGUUGCUCUGUCCAAACCGGGAGACCGGUUCUUUGUCUGUGGUAACCGGCUUCACUGCUUCGCUGGUAUGAGGCUACAAGUCAAUGUCGAAGGCAAUGGCCCAUCUUCAGCCCCUGUGGGAGCUCCAAGGGCCGCCCCCGCAGGAAUUCUUGAGCCAUCUUCUAAAAAGAAUAACCCUGCGACCGGGGUUGCUAGCUCAGCUGCCCACGUUGGUGGCCGCGGUUUGAGGGGUAGUAUGAAGUAUUUUGUAUAUUUGAUGGUUUUUACCUUUCCCUUGAUAUUGUAUUUUAUUAACAACUAAAAUAUAAGAGUUUUCAUAUAGUAUAAGAGUUUUCAUAUACAGUAAUGUAUAUAUAUUCUCUGAUUUAAAUGUGUACGAGAGUGAGUGGAUAACCGAAUACUCACUCUCGUACGCAUUUAAAUCAGAGAGUGUUAGUGGUUUGAUUUUUGGUUUGUAUUUUGAAAUAUUCUCUGAUUUUGGUUCUGUGACUAAAUACAAACCAAAAAU